UUUUAUACUGUUCACCCUUCAUACGAUGAACAAGAUUCGAACGCAUAAACUAGAGUUUCUAUCUAGAACAAGUCGUACUGCAUGUUUCUGUAUUUUGGAUGUGAGCAAUUCUACACUUGGAGUGCUGUUGAUGACAACUACUCAAAAUGAGAUCGGCAUCACCAUUAAAUGAACAGGGGUUGAAGAGGAGCAUCGUUCGAGGUCGAAGAUUCUUGGCAGCAAGCAAACAAAAGAAAGGCAUUUCAUCUCCUUCCACAAAGCCGGUGAAACCAAAGCCUAUUUUUCUGGAAUCUAGUGAACUGGACAGAAGUUUCAAAACAUGCGCUUACCCAAGUGCUGUUGAAAUCUUCAAACUCUCAGAACAAAUGGAGAUGCCUGCAUUAAAAAUUAAAGCUGAAUUCCAGAAAAGAAGGCAGGUCUUUCGCCAGUGCAACAAGCUUGCUGAAGAUGCUAUCAUUUACAGUUAUACUCUACCUCGACUCUUCCUCAUGCUCCACUUCUUAUGCAGUAGAUUCAACUGCACGCAGCAAACCUUGAUGCAAAUAGCUGUUUUCCUUUUCUCCCUCUUCUCUCUGUGGUACUCUGUCUACAUAAAAAUAAGAAAUGACAAUUUCAAUGAAGAACUAGUACUCUUGAGCAAUUAAAUUUAGAAGUUGAUGAUUUUCUAAUUAUUAGAGCUUUCUUUUAGGAAUAUUAUUUACUCUACAAAUAGUGUGUUCUGUUGUUUCAGAUAUCUCAUAAUCUUAAAAGUGUACUCAGGUUUUGACAAUUACAAUCAAAACGCCAUUAGAAUGAAAUAAAAGCAAACAUUAGCUGCGAAAAUGAAAGUACAUUUUCCAUCUGGACAUGUUGCAGUCCAACGAUUGUCCUUUGAGUAAGUUUUAAUAUAAAUAACCAUACUUGUGUAUUUUUUGUCUCAAAAAUAAAAGGGUGAAAAAAUGCCUCA